AUGGACACAGAAAAUUUAGAGAAGGCAGCUGUCACGAUUCAGUCAUGGUGGCGAGGCACCAUGGUGCGCCAGGGCUUACUGAAUGCUGCGCUCAAGGCUUGGGUCAUCCAGAGCUGGUGGAGGUCCGUGCAGGCCAAAAUGCUGGAACAAAGACGGCGUCUGGCACUAAGACUCUACACGUGCCAGGAGUGGGCCGUGGUGAAGGUGCAAGCGCAGGUUCGAAUGUGGCAGGCCCGUAGACAGUUUCUCCAGACGCGCCAAGCAGCGCGCGUCAUCCAGUCUCACUGGCGCUGGCAUGCCAGCCAGACCCGGGGCCUCAUCCGUGGCCGCUAUGAGGUCAAGGCCAGCCGGCUGCAGCUUGACAUCGAAAUCCUCAUGACCUAUGGUGCUGGCAGAGCCAAGGACACGGGAUGUCUCUCUCAAUAAAGAUGCUUUCUGGACACAGCUUGCCCUUUGGAAAUCAGACCCAUAGCAGAGCUUCUGCCCUCACUUUCCUGCAUUUGGCCCCAGAAAUUAGACAAGAACAGUUUCUCAAUCUUCAACCGAG